AUGUCCAAAAAUGUCGUUUUUUUAGUGGUCGCACUAAGUUUGUUGCAGAAUGGUGAGUUUUUUCGAUAUUAUUCUUGAAUUUUUCGCUUUUCUGCUUGGUAAUCAAGUCGUUUAGCUGUGGCGUUGAACAAGUACGUGGACGACUUUGAGACGUUGAGCUACAGACCGAUCUUGGACCGGAGGAAACGAGAUACCGACGGAUCUCAUUCGAUCAGAUUUAAGAGUCACAACAGGUAUGUUCUUUGCAAUUUUUGUGUCUGAAAUUUAGAAUAAGGUCUCUGGCUGCUAGGUAAACUAAGAUAUACACCGAGUUCCUUCAAAUUUUUAAGAAACGAGUUUUUUUCCAAAUGUCUUCGAUUUCGAAUGUUGUUCCUGAAAAAUUUGAUGGUUUUCUGUAAAGUAUUGAUUCAAUUUAGUCUGGAAUGGUUUAGAAAGAUUGUGUAGGAAUCCUCAGGCUUCUGAGACAACAAAGUCCCUUAGGGUGUUUGAAAAAAUUGAAAUAUUUUUGGUUUUUUCCCAAAAUUAUUGGAUUUCUUGAUAAAUCGAUGGAAAAAAUUGAUUUUUCUUUUGAAACAAAGAUUUUUUUGUAGAAUUUGGUUGUCAGAGGCUGGAUUAGUAAUUGGGCCUUCUAAUUAUAUAAAAUUUCAGGCUAUUCCAUUUGAAAUUAUACCCGAUCUCUGAAAAUUCCAAUGAUAUCUUCUCGGAUGACCAUUUUCUCGACGUAAAUGGAGAAUAUCAAUCGCAUUUGAUUCGACCGGCGCAAUUUCUGUACGAGGGUCAUGUUGUCGGUGAUCCACGCUCAAAAGUCUUUGGUUCUCUGCUGGACGGACUCUUUGAUGGCCAUAUUAUUCUUGGCAACGGAGAGACGUUUACGGUUGAGAAGGCGGCCAGAUAUUUCGAUGUCGAUUCGAGGCCCGAAAACUAUCACUCGAUCAUCUACAAGGACGAACAGAUCAAUCACAACAAAUUUCGGCCAAAACGAGACGUUCCGGAAGAGCAUGAGAGUAAAGAUGGGCAUGAUCAUGAUUCAGAUGGAGAUGGUAAGAUUUUACUGUUCUUUGUUUGGUUUUUAGGUUAAAUUGAAAGCAAAUGGAGUUGGUUUACUCUACCGAGAAUAUUUUUAGCCGAUCACGGGUGUGGAUUGAAUUCCGAGACCAAAGCCGCGAUGAUGAAGAUACAAACUUCGGCCGCGUACAAGUUCGAACCGGUGAAUGAAUAUAACGAAACAAUUAGAAGGAAAUCUCAUCUGAGCUUUGACUUGAUGGAUGAUCGGUAAGGAAGGGAUUUAUCGCAGAGUUUCGGGGAGAAAUUUUUGGAUUUAUAUUGUUUUAGGCACAUAUGUGGAGUUUUGGUCAAGUUUUGUGGUUUGAUUGAGUAAAAUAAGAAGGAUGAAGGACUGACUCUUAUUUUGGCUUGAUGUAAAAUUAUUUCCACCCUUUUUCAGCCUCAAUAACCGCACCAAAAGAUCACUUCCCGAGCGAAUUCUGGAAGUAAAUGGCCGCAAAAUUUACUCCGUCCGAACAUGCUCAAUUUACAUGCAGGCGGAUCAGAAGUUGUAUGUGCAUGUGUUCCACAAGGAAGGGAACCAUGACCCAAUCCGAACCCGAGAGGAGAUCGUAUCAUUAUUUUAUAAUCAUAUCAAAGCUGUGAAUCAUAUCUACGAAAAUACGAAUUUUGGUGGAAUUACUGGGCUGAAUUUUGUCAUCCAGCGAACUACUGUGAGUUUUGGGGCUUAUGGAAGGUGUUUUUAUGAUUUUUUGCGCUAAAAUACGAUUUUGGUUUUUUGGAAAUUUUUUUUUAAUUCGUAUUUUAGGAAAAAUUUAGAUGUAUUUAGCUGUAAAUGCUAUAUAGAUUUGUAAUAUAUGUGCCUGAUCGUAUUUUACAAUCAUUUGUGAUUUUUUGAAAAAAAAAAUUUUUUUGAGAAAUCCGUAUUUUAGGAAAAAUUUAGAUGUAUUUAGCUGUAAAAUGCAAUAGAAAUUUUGAAUACAUGUGCUUGAUCGUAUUUUACAAUCAUUUUUUUCAGAUUUACACCAAUGAGACCUGUUCCGGCGGAAAGCCCACCGAAAAUUCGGACAACCCAUUCUGCGCCGACAAUGUGGACGUAUCCAACUAUCUGAACUUGAAUUCCCAACGAAAUCACUCUUCAUUUUGUUUGGCAUACGCUCUAACUUUCAGAGAUUUCAUCGGCGGAACUUUGGGCUUGGCUUGGGUCGCCAGCCCCAAUUACAGUAAGAUUUUGAUAUUUUUGUUUGAUUUUUAGAGAGAAUUUGGCUUAAUGGAGCCUAUGAGGAGCUGUUGAGACAAUUUCCGAAAAGAAAUUUUGAUCUAGAGGAGAUUUUCAGCUUUUAGUUUUUGCACAGUGCAAUAAAAAUGUCGAAAAAACAUUUUUUUGCAGAUACUGCCGGUGGGAUUUGUCAAAUCUACCAGAAAUACAACGAAGGCUCUCGAGGAAUGGUCUCUCGCUCCUUGAACACUGGAAUCGUCACUCUGGUCAACUACGGCAACCGAGUUCCGGCCCGCGUCUCACAGCUAACUCUGGCCCACGAAAUCGGCCACAACUUUGGCUCGCCGCACGAUUACCCAUCGGAAUGUCAGCCCGGUCUCCCUGACGGAAAUUACAUCAUGUUUUCGUCGGCCACCUCCGGCGACAAGCCGAACAAUGCGCGGUUUUCGAAGUGCUCCAUCGCCAAUAUGAGUGUGGUCUUGUAUGAGGUUUUGUCGCAGCCGCCGGUGAAUCCGGCAUUCUCAAACUUGAUGAUGAGCAGCAAGAAGAGGAAUUGCUUCCAGGUUUGUUGGUUUGAAGCGGUUGGGGAGGAGUUUUGAAUGCACAGUGCGGAUUAGAAAAUAUUUGUGGAAUUUGCACGGUGCGCUGGAAAAAAAGUUUAUUCUUAUGGGAAGUAGGAACGAAACUGAUGUUUAAAACCAGUUUAGAAUGGCUUCAACGGCUUCAAACUAUUGGUUUUUAUGAUUUCGAACGAUUUUUUUUCGUUGCACAUUGCAUUUUUGAACAGGCGAAGUUUCGCACUGUGCAGUCGGAAAAAUUGUAAAGUUUUGGGCGGUCCGGUAGAAUAGUAAAUUCAAAAGGCUUCUGAAGACUUUGGUUUUUUUUCAAAACCGCACUGUGCAAUCGGAAAACACAGGAUUUUUCGCAAAGUGCAGUAGAAUAGUAAAUUAAAAAGGCGUCUGAGCGCUUUUUUAUCUCUGGAUUUUCAGCUUGAAAAAUAUUUUUGUCUUUUUUUGCACGGUGCAGAGUCAUUUUUGCGCAAUUUUUUGAUUUGCACUGUGCGAAAAAAUGAAAAUAUUUUUUUUGAUGAGGUUGACUUAAAAUAGGAGAUAUAAAGUGGGGGAUGAUCCAGUGGCAAAAAACGUACCAUUUGGCAUCCAGGAAGUAUAAAAAAUGUGGCAAAAUACCUCCCUCUCCAAGUUAAAAAAUCCGAUUUCAAAAUCGCGCCUGUUCUUUUCAUGAAGGAAAGGGCCGUUCAAAACGAAGUUUUUUCACUUGGAGGGGGAAGCAUUUUGCCACAUUUUUGAUGCUUCCCGGGUGCGAAAUGGCACGUUUUUUGCCACUGGAUCAGGUCCCUCACCGUGAUGUCAGAAGGUCCCAGUAUACUGUAAUUAUACUGUAUUAUUUUUUCCUUCCAGGAGCGAACCUCGGCCUUCUGCGGCAACCAGAUCAAGGAGCCGGGCGAGGAAUGCGACUGCGGCUUCUCGGACCUGGACUGCAAACAAAUGAACGACCGCUGCUGCCAACCCCACGAACGGGAAGGCGUAUUCUCUGCGGGCGCCUGCAAACGCAAACCCGAAGCCCGUUGCUCGCCAUCGGAGGGCCAGUGCUGCGAUCCGAUUUCGUGCGGAUUCUUUUCGGCGGUCGCGAAACGAAAGUGCCGCGAAGAGUCGGAAUGUCUGUACAGUCAGUUUUGCAACGGCUAUCAGCCGGAGUGCCCGGACAGCAAACCCAAAAGAGACGGUCUGCCGUGCCAGGACGCGACCAAAGUUUGCCAUGCCGGCGCUUGCAAUGGCUCCAUUUGUGCUCAUGUCGGCCUCAAAGAUUGCUUCCUGACCGAAGGGAAGCCGGAUGAAUUGUGCCACUUGGCUUGUGAAAAGAAUGGAAGUAAGUGAUUUUUUGGAUUUUUUCGAUUUUUUUGAAAAAAAAAUUUUGAAAAUUGUUUGAAACAGAAGAACAGACCAAGGUUUUGUUUUUGGAAGUUCUUUUUUGUUGCUUUUCAUUCGAAUUCCUCGAAAAAUUUGAGAAGUUUUAGCAAUUUUUAUGAUUGUCCUUUUUUCCGCACCGUGCAGCCCAUUUUUCCCACUAAAAGUGGGCUCGCACUGUGCAAAAAGAACGAAAAUUUUCUUGCACCGUGCGAAGAGAAAGUAUUUUUUCUUGUCUGCACAGUGCAAUCAAAUUUUUUUGUUCUGCACUGUGCAGUCGUAUUUUUAGUGCAAAAAAGACAUCGCACAGUGCAGUGAAAAUAAGUUUAAAAAAUUUAAGAAUGUUUGCAGAUUUUUGGAGGGAAUUUGAUUAGGAAAUAAAUGGAAAUAAUUUGAGGGCCCUACAUUGUUUUUUGUUCGCAUUUUUCAUGAUUUUUUUGAAAAAUUUUUGUUUUUUUAUUUUUUAUUUUUUUUCAGAAUGUGUCUCGACCCUUGAGCUCCCCGAAUUUGCCGCCGGAGUGUUCCAUCAACAGAGCAGAGAAGGCCGGCCCGGCUUAUUACUGCAUCCAGGAUCCCCGUGCAACAAUUACAAGGGUUAUUGUGAUAUCUUCCGGAAAUGCCGCUCGGUCGAUGCGAAUGGCCCUCUGGCAAGACUGAAGAACCUCUUGUUCAACAAGCAAACCAUCCAAACCGUCUCCCAAUGGAGCCGCGAGAACUGGUGGGCCUGCAUUUUGAUCGGAAUUGGGGUCCUGUUUGUGAUGGCGCUGUUCGUAAAGUGCUGCGCUGUGCAUACGCCCUCCACCAAUCCGAACAAACUGCCCGCUCAACAUUUUUCGGACACCCUCCGGCAUCCGGGAACGUUGUUGAGGAGAGGAAGGCCGAGAAAUGGAGCCUAUGCGGUCGCGGAAGAAACGGCAAGGCAACAACGGCCAAGGGGAACGACAGCCCCCUCAAAUCGACAAAAUAGACAGCGAAGACAUCGCUCAGACCAGCGACAGGAACCACAAACCAGUCAAGCACAGAGCAGAGUACCUCCAACCCUAACCGCACCACCAUUGAUCCCACCGCCCGCGGCUACGGUAGGUUCGAAGAUUUUUUGGGGUUUUGCACAGUGCAUGGGAAAUUUUUUGAUUUUGCACUGUGCAGAGGUGGAGAUGAAAAGGUUAGGGGAUUUAGAUGGAGAGAAUGGAGGAUGAGGAGAGUGUUUACAGAAAGAAAUUUGCAAUUCGAACAUUUUUGAGGCCAGAAAUUGGAUUUUUGGUCACUGCACAGUGCAUGGGAAAUUUUUUGAUCUUGCGCUGUGCAGAGGUGGAAAUGAAUGGGUUAGGGGAUUUAUAUGGAGAGAAUAGAGGAUGGAGAGAGUGUUUAAGGAAAGAAAUUUUCAUUUCGGGCAUUUUUGAGGCCAGAAAUUGGAUUUUUGGUCAAUGCACAGUGCGAGAAAAUAUUUUUUGAAAUUGCACUGUGCGGACAGAGAAAUUGGUGGGUUUGAUUGUUGAAAUAGAACGUUUAGGAGAAGUAAAGAGGAUUGGGAAUGAAAAAAUAUUUUUGUCGAGUGUUUAGAGGCCAAAAACUUGACUUUUAUCCAUUGCACUGUGCAGGAAAAGAAUGUUUAAUUCUUGCACGGUGCAAUGGAAAAAGUUUGGAUUUUGUGGACAUGAAUGGAUUUUUUGGCGAAGAAGAGUGUGAUUUUUGGAGCCAUUUUUUUCUGCAUCCUUUUUGAAGCAUAAAAAUGAGGUUCUUAGUCAUUGCACAGUGCUGUCUCAUUUUUUUUUGAGUUUCAGAAUUUUAGUUGGGGAUUUGAUAUUAAAUAUGUUUUUAUAAUUUUAAUUUUACGACUGAUUCACAUUUUUUCCAGGAACCACCACCGCCGUACUCGGCCACCGAUCCGUCGGCCGCCCUCCCCACCCCCACAGCCCCACCGACCUCUACCCCGCCCACUGCCAACCGCCAUACCUCACCCGUCCCGAAGCCGGUCGCCCUCCCCGGAGCCCCACCACCCCCGGCGCCACCAACUUCCACCAUCCCAUUGAACAUUCCGGGCCCACCGAAUGGCCAAGGCCCGAAACCCGGCCGCCGAAAGCCGAAACAGCCCCAAAAAGCGGGGAAGAAGGACGAGAAACGCAAAUAA